CCAACUCUUACCUUCCAAAUCUUCUCAAUCUUAUGGGUAAUGCACUUCCUUCUUGUUUUACUUCAAAACAAGAGCCAUGGGUGAAGCUAGUUUUUUGGGAAGGAACAACUAAGAUUCUCACCGGAGACCGGCUCGCCGGCGAGGUCAUGUUUGAGUAUCCAGACAGGUUGGUCUGUCAUUCUGGUUCUUUCUACAUAGGUCACCCAAUACCGGCGUUAGCCAUCGGAGACGAAUUGAUAAAAGGCGAAACGUAUUUCGUUCUUCCAAUUGAUCGGUUUGCUUCCAAGAUGUUCUCUGCUUCAUCACUUGCUUCAUUUGAUUCAAGUCCUAAGCCUGCACCCAUCAACUUUCGUAACUGUCCACUUCAAUAUAUUAAGGGAGCUAAUGGAAGAGUAUUGAUAAGGGUGAGCCCAGAAUUUAUAUUGAAAAUUCUGUUAAGAGGGAAAGAUAAUCAAGGUUGUAAUAGCCCUACAAGUAGCUUCCUUUGUAGUACACCAGAGUUGCAGAAACAUUAUGAACAGUUGGUUGGAUCUAGAGAGCAGACAUGGUCACCUCGGCUUGAUACUAUUUCUGAGUUUAGGAAGAGUUGUAAUACUACUACGUGCUCGCCAAUUAGGCUCUUUGGAUUGAAGGAAAAAUCAGAAGAGCUUGAAGGGGGUAGUUAACUGAUCUUCAUGGGUAAUUGAUAAGGUAAAAUUUAGUUUAAUUGUUAAGGAUGACACUGAACGUAUGUUCUGAUAACUGUAAUUAUUAUCUUCUUUUUUUUUUGGGGGGGGGGAGAGGUGGAAGUAAUUAUUUUGUUGCUUUUGUUAUGAGGUGUACAAAUUAGGGUUUUAAUCAAUAGAACUGUGGAUGGAAAGCAAACGCUUAUCGUGUAUCUUGUUCCGCGUGUGGCUUUAGGAUCACUCAAUUGGGUGAUUCAUCUAUGGUGAAGAAAAACUUUAUCCAAUUAUGAAUCA